UUUUGCUCGCUGCUCAUUCCCUCUUUUUCUUUCUGAACACUGUCGGAGGGGCGUCUGACCUUUGCUAGUCAUUCCCUUGUGAUUGAGCUCGCUUUUGGCUUUUUGGACGGCAGCAAGCGACAUCAACAAUGAGCACCCAAGCACCAGUGCUCUCGCUGGCCAAGAUUGCCUCGGCCGAGCAGUGGACCAAGCCGACCAAGCGCUGGAUGUUUGUGAUUGAGCUCGUCUGGUCGAACAACACGGCGACAGUCAUCUACCGCGACUAUGACGCCUUCUUUGACUUUCAGUGCAAUUUGCUGGACAAAUUUCCGACGGAAGCUGGCUCUGUCAAGGGAACAACGCGCUCCAUCCCGUACUUGCCCGGCAAAGUUCUGUUUAACGCAAACUCCAAAGCAGUUGCCGAGAAACGUGUCGAGGAGUUGAACGAAUAUAUCGAAAAAUUGCUAAAACUGCCAAGCGCCCUGCUAGACGACACUCUAACCCGCCAGUUCUUUGCACAACAAGCACACGAUCAAACGCCCGCGCAAGGAGCUGCGGCGGCUGUGAUUGGAGACACUGGCAGCUCAUCCCCUGGCAGUGUCGGAGCGCUGUCCGUCUCCGGCUCGCGCUCGUCGCUUGACACGGCCGUCCCUCGUACCGGUAGUGGAUCUCGCCUCUUUUCAAGAAAGCGCGAUUCCAAGCUGUCAGCCGCGUCAGCACCUGCCGUUGAGGAGGUGGAAAUGACAGACAACCCACUGACAAGACCAGCGACGACGGCAGAAGCGGUGGAGAACUAAGCCUUCUGGACUUCAAGCAUGUGUGUACUCUUUGUGUGUGACGCAAAAACCGCGCGCGAAAAUGACGGGGGAAAGGCUGGUUCUUUUUUUAUUGUUGUCACGCGCGCGCAUUCCAUUCUCUCCCGUUGGGUUCUCGGGUUUGAUGCCUUUGUUGACAAAAUUGGUGGCCAUGAUUGGCGUGAAAUACAAUUUCAUUACUACUACGAUA